UUAGUUUAGUUCUCAUUGCUACAGUUUGUUGUAAUGGCUUGCAACGUCCUUUUGCCUUUGUCUCUACUUAUUAUUUACGCUUUCAUCUUGUCCACUCAUGCAUUUCUUCAUGGUCUGCCACUAAGAAGACAGUUGACCACAUCUUCGAAGUAUACACCUUACUAUGAACCAGUUCUCUCUGUAGAAUACUUCCAUACCAAGUUCGAAACUUGGUACUUCACUCAACCUGUUGACCACUUUGGCCGGAACACAGACACCUACCAGCAAAGAUACCUUGUGUCCACUCAGUGGUGGGAUGGAAAUGGAGGCCCAAUAUUCUUUUACACUGGCAAUGAAGGAGAUAUUGUCUGGUUUUUAGAAAACUCGGGUUUCAUGAUGGACAUUGCUGGAGAAUUUGGUGCCAUGUUGGUCUUUGCUGAGCAUCGUUACUAUGGCAAGUCAUUACCAUAUGGGACAGAGUCUUAUAAGGAUCCUGUAAAGCUGUCCUACUUAACAUCAGAACAAGCUCUCGAAGACUAUGCCAAACUGAUUCAACACAUGAAAUCCACCAUAAAAGGUGCCCAAAACAGUUCUGUUGUGGCCUUUGGUGGUUCCUAUGGUGGGAUGUUAUCAGCUUGGUUUCGAAUGAAAUAUGCUGGAGUGAUUGUUGGGUCAAUUGCAGCCUCUGCUCCAAUUUGGGGAUUUCCUGGGAUGUCUAAAUGCAAUGGGAUAUAUACUGUCACAACAAACACAUUUAAACUUGGAGGUGAACAUUGUCCAGGAAACAUCCGGAAAAGUUGGAAAGUGAUUGAUGAUCUUGGAAAAUACAGUGAAGGCCUGAAGUUUCUGUCUGAAGAAUUAAAGUUGUGUUCAAGCCUAGAAAGCUCCAACGUUGAUGACUUCAAGAAAUGGCUGAGUACAACUUGGAUUUAUUUGGCCUCUGUAAAUUAUCCUUACUCAGCCAAUUUUGUUGAACCCCUACCUGCCUGGCCAGUGAACAAAAUCUGUGCACCACUGAAUGACCCUAAUCUGGAUGGUAAACACCUCGUCUUUGCUCUAGCCAAAUCUCUACAAGUCUAUUACAACACAACAGGUAACACUCCAUGCUUGAACUUCAGCUUAAUCAAUAAUGAGGCAGAUUUAGGAUGGAGCUAUCAGUCUUGUACAGAAAUGAUAAUGCCAAGCUGCUCAGAUGGCAUCGCAGAUAUGUUUUACCCAACCAAGUGGAAUUUCCCCCAGUUUUCUGAAUCUUGUUAUGCUCAGUGGAAAGUUGUACCCAGACCUAACUGGAUCACAACAGAAUAUGGUGGUAAAAAUAUUCAAGCUUCAUCUAACAUUGUCUUCAGCAAUGGAUUGCUUGACCCCUAUUCUGCCUUUGGAGUCCAUAAAAAUAUUUCUGACACCCUAAUAUCUAUCAUCAUUCCUGAAGCAGCACACCAUUUGGAUCUAAGAUCCAAGAAUAUCCAUGACCCACCAUCUGUAAUAGAAGCAAGGAAUAUAGAGAAGAUGCACAUAAGGAAAUGGCUGAAAUCAAAAUAAAUCCUAAAAUAUGUGGACAUUUUGCUUUGAAAUAUAGACAUUUUAAAUUUUAUUCAUUCAUGGUAAGAUUUUUACCAGUAAAGUAUUUUCUGCAAUCAUAUAUAUAUAUAUA